GGGGAGGGCUGCGGAGUUGGGCUGCUCCAGUGAGUCCAGUACGGAGGCGCUUGACGUAGGGUACUGGGAGAGGCGGGGCUUGUGCUUUUGGCAUCGAGUCGCGAGCGAGUCGCCCCUACACAGCCGGUUCGCCCCGUCUUUCAUUCAUCACCGGAACUGUGCAGCUCGUGCAUCAAGCCCGCCAUCUAGUCUCCUCCGACCGCCGACACCAAGGACACCACCGCCGGCCAUCAUCUGCGGCGGGGCUGCGUGGGAAAAAUGACAUGGAGCCUGCUAUCACGCAACAGAGCGGUUUGCUUAUGUCUUUACGUCAGCAUGGAGCCUACUGGCAUGAAGCACUGGAGCCAAGGACCUUCCAAGGAGACAUGAAUGGUUUUGGUGUCCAUGUUCUCAUCACACCCAGCAGGAUAAUCUACCGAAGACAUGUUAUUUCAAGAUGAAGAUCGAUACCAGCCUGACUAUGCUCCAGCUCCCAGAGGCCCUGUCCCAGGCAGGCCUCCAGUUCUCUGUGGCCACUGAGGAGGAUUUUGAUGAGAUCAUGGCCAUGAGCCAGGACAUCUAUGGUGGCCUUGAUUACCUUCCCACUCGAUACACCAACUGGCUGCAGGAGACCAACCGCACAGUCAUACUGGCUCGCAAGCAGGGAAAAGUGAUUGCUCUGGAGUCUGUCUGUGUGAUUGAUGAUGGGGAGACUAUGCUGGUGGAAGGUCUACGUGUUGCCCCUCAGGAAAGGGGAAAGGGGGUGGCAGGAGUUCUUCUUCGCUUUUGCUCCGAGCUGGUCAAGACCAAGUACCCUGAUGUCAAAGUAACCCGCUUGACUCGUGAUGAUCAGCUUGGACCCAAGGACUUCCAGAAGUAUCGUCUCAUAACCAAGCAGGGUAUUCUGUUGGUACGCUUCCGAGCAGAAGACCUCAAGCUACGUCUGUCUGAACUGGGUCUGAGUGGAGACAUCCAAUCCUCUCUGUCCACCUCCUCCAACCUUCCUCAGGUGCAUCUUGACCCCUCAGCUGUCCAACGGCUGUAUUUGACCACUGACCUGAUGCAGGGGAUCCUUCCGAAUGCCACCAUCAUUCAAGACUGGCAGCCAUUCAAGCUUCUGCCCAGUAACAUGGGUAUCCUGCUGAAGAAGGACAUUGACUGGGUCGUCGAUGAUGUGUCCAACCCUAUCGUGGCCAGUCUCUGUACCUUCCCUUUCAGAGUGCCCAUUGGAGAUGACUGGUAUUACCUGAACAUUGACAUGUUCGGUAAAGACCUGGACCUGGUGCGGCAGCAGUUCCUUGGCCACCUGCAACGCCACACUGCCACCCUGAAGGGUCACGUGAUGUGCCAGAUGUUCCUGGACCCACCACUCUGGAAGUCCAUGGCUGAAUACUGUCGCAACACCUUGAGAGUUGAGCUGGUGAAGGAGUACACCGAGCAAUGCGUGGUGGAGUCAGACGUUGUCUAGUUCCAGAAGGUGGAUGGAAAUGAGUAGAGGAUGAAGGAGCCGGAAAGGAAUGAAGAAAAGGGUCUAGACAACAAGGAAUGGAUCAGAGUGCAGUCAGAUCUAACAAUACAUAAAUAAGUACAGAGAGUGGACAUAAAACCAUUAAAACAUCAUGUAAUCCUCUACAAUAGGUGUUGUACAAAUGUACACAUUUUUCAAAAUUAUAAUAUUCAAUCGGUGUUAGAGGUGUUGAUGCAACUUUAUGGUCAUUUUGAACUAUUUUAUGCUGUAUAUAAUAUUUUGGACCCCCAAAGUGUUUAGGGAAAAUGAACGAAAUAGGAUAAUCAUCUUUUAGUAGACUUUGAUGAGAGUAGAGCAACUGACCGAGAGACCGCACACUCAUGCUACAAGGUGUUUUGUUAUGUAACACUGUAAACUGUAAACAAAUAUGAAACCCCAAACUCAUACUCAUACCAAUCUGAAAUGUGCUCCAAGAGUAAUCAGACACAAUUCUUAUAGACAAUUGAUGAUUGGGAACGCACUAUUAAGACUGUGUAAAUUUAGCAAUGUGUUUUGGACCAAAACAUUGCUGAUGUGACUGGAAACUAAUCCAGUCAAUUCAACAUCACUAUGAACUAUGGCCUGAAAAAUGACUAUAGCGUUAAAUCAUCACCAUAUAAGCAUAUCUUAAGUUUUAUUACAAUGAUUACAGGGUUGUUUUUUUUAUGUCCUCCCUCUGUAUGUCGCAUGACAAGGGAAGAUGUAACAAGAUUGAUGAGCUUGAGGAGGCUUUCUCACACCGGUAGCAGUGAUGUAACCUAAAAUCUAAAAAAACAUACAACAAGCAAAUUCUAUUCUUUAAAGAAAAAAUAAUGAAGUACCCUGAGGCGAUCUCCAACCUUUCACCUCUGUUUUUUCUGUAAAUACGAACCUUCUAAAUAUGUACACAAACUUGAGUUGGGUUACUAAAUCUGCACAACUCCGAAGGCACUUUAUUAAAAUUACACAGACAAGUAGUGUCAACAUCAGAAUAAAAAAGAAUAGUUCAGGAUCAAAUAAGGGUAAUUUACAGAUCCCAUCCCUCUACUGUUGAUGGGUGCCUCUAAUAACUAGAAUUUAUUUAGAAACAUUACCAAUACAUCUCUGCAGAAAAAACAAACAAAGCCUGUUAUUGAAAUGAACAUGCUCAAUCACAAUAUGUCAAUUUAUCCUUAGGUAUGGUCAAGUCUUAGCUUUUGUCUUUUUAUUGUUUCAAAGCUUUUACUGUAUAUAUAUGUUACUAAUUUAAUUUUUUCACCUAAAUGCUGCAAUAAGAUUUUAACAUAAAUGAUUAACUUUAAUCCUAUCAUAUGUUUUUAGGUUUACUUUGUAACAUCUGCCUCUUGGGACUACAGAGGAUAAACUGGCACAUUCACAGCAAUGUUUAAUUAAUGUGCACUGUCCCAUCUCAGAUAAACCAAUAAAUAAAUAAACUUCUGAAGCUGUAAGUUAUAUCUAGGCUUACUUUUGUAGAUUGUUAGCAUAAUGCCAAACAAAAUGCUAACGCUUGAAAAUGUUUAAAAGACUACUGUGCAGUUUAAAAAAUGGCUUAAGCUAACGCAGAGAGAAGAAAUAGAGGGUAAAAUAACUGCAUGUUAAAAUUAACGGGGUUAUAUUUAUGUUUAAACCAUCACUAAAAUCAUCUGGUGAACAGCUUUGGAUAAUUGUCUUCACAAUGAUGAUACAAGACUAGUGUUAAGAGAAGCUUUGGCUAUGGCAGUGUCCAUUAAAAUGAUAACUGCAUAGCUGUAGGGAUGCCGGUUGGUGUAAUGGUCCACUACUUUUUUCUAGAACAAAAUAUCCAAAUAACUGCAUUGCCAUGAAAUGUGUUACCGACAUGCAUGGCCCCUGUAAGAUCAAUCCUUAUGACUCUGUUAGUCUGAAUUUUCACAACACCACUCAUAGGUUCAAGUUUUUGUUUAAUUUAGUAAGUUUAUUCAUGUUUGCCUCAGUCAUUUUUAUUGACUUUGGCGAUCCUCUAACUUUUCCUUUAGCGCUAUCAUCAGGUCUACAUUUCCAUUUGUCCAAUUCUUUUAGUUUAUGGUCAAACACCUGUGAACAUUCCCAUCUGCCUUAGAUUUACAUUUAUUUUGUCAAUGCUAAUUCUGCAUGCUAAUAUGCUAACGUAAGAUGGCAAUAACGGUAAACAUUCAACUUGAAAAUACAGUUCAUUCAUUUUUACAUUGGUACAUUAGUAUUACGCUUGAAGCAUGGCUGUUUAAGCUAAAGCCUCACAAAGCUGCUAGCAGCAUUAGACCUGCAAUUGAUGCUUAUUGUAUGGUUUUAUUUGCAGCCAAUCACCUCGAGCGUUCUUUUGCAGUAACAAAACUGCAAAAGUGCUGAGCUAACGUUAACAUUAGAGCUAACAAUAACCAGCGGAGUUGAGCACUACCCUUUUGUGGCAUUGUGUCUUGGCCCGGGGGACACCAUUAUCAGCGGUAACCGCUGUAUGAGCGCUGUACAGUCCUUAAAAUGUCUUGAACAUUUUCAAGUUUUCUUAUUAAUGAAUUGCUUAUUUGGCAUUAAAAUGACAGCAUAUUGAGCAUACUCUCUAUAUAUCCCUUUAAGGUCACUGUAGAGGGUGUGACACAGGACAACACAUUAGUUUGAGCCAGAACAAAAUUCUUGUUGGAAAAACCUCUCAGUUUUUACAAAACUAUAUAACCUCGCCUUUGCCUUGACCAGCUUGUAUCUUGACUUUAACCCCAUCUUCUUCGGGUAUGCAAUUUUUUAAGUGUGAGGUUGACUUGGUGGAUUUUCUGUAGAAAGCUAAAUAACUAGUCAAAUCUUUCAAAAGUUUAACAAAAGGCAACUGAAUGAUUAAACAGAUUCCACCUUUUAGAAUAGUUCAUAUUUAGGAAGGACCUAUUAGAGUUUUCAUAAUCCUCAACAUAUUUCACGCUGCAAGACAAAAUAGGAUGACAACUAUCUCUUUACCCUAUUUUGUAACCAAAGAAAGUCACCACUCAUCUAAACUGAUGCCCUAUCAUUUGCUGUCAGAAGUAAAGAGAAGAUAGUACAGACUAGAAGGCAAAGGGUGUAAUUCUUUUUACAGCUAAUUUUUUCAUGAUGACAUAAUUUUUUUUUUGUCUCUUUUUGGGAUGAAGGAGUCAUUAUUUUGUGAUCUUAGCAUAGCCUAACACAAACUCUGUUCUCAUGGUUCUGAUUUGGAUCGAAUUUUUGUAGUCAAGGAUUGCCACAAAAUUUUUUACUUAUUAAUUCAAUUUUUAGCUGGGUUGUAUAUGUUUAAAUUCUGAAGUUCCCCAAAAUGGAAUAACUUUAUUACCACUUGUCUGAUGGGAUAUACAUUCCCAUCACUAUUCUCUUUGUGUGACCUGGUUGGAAAUGCCUGGACCAUGACAGUCUGGUACAGUGUUAACAUCCCAGUUCAUGCAGUAUUAAUUUGUCUGUAGAUCUUGGGUUUAAUCUCUCCUGAAUUCAUCCACACUUAUGCAAGUCAAGAAAAUUCCUUGAAUGAUGCCAAAGUAACCAAUGACUAUCAUGGCAUUUAAGGUGAAGGUAAAUCCACUGUCACUCACUUUAAGAAACAAUAUUCCAAGCAACUCGAUUCUCUCUUUUCUUGUUUGACAGCUCAUUACUCCCAACCCAGAGUGAGCGAUCAAUCUUGUUUUCAAGACUUAAUGUGUCUUGCAGCUGGUAAUCAUAGUUGAAUUACCACAUAGGAAUUUCCCCCAUUUCCCUUCUAAAGGAUCAUGAGAAGUGAGUUUGCUAGGUUUGUUAAUUUUGUUGUCAUGAAGAAACUAAGCCUGUUUAUCUCAACCUGUUUCUUGUAAUUUCAAGAAACAAAGCAACAAUCAUCUUUAACCAUGUGCACCAAUGCCUUGUGUAUGAAGAAAUGUACAUAUGCAGACCUUUUCCCAACACAAACCCACACACAGUUCAUGACUUAUUUUUAUUUCCUGGAGACUUACUCUCGCCCCAACCACAAUCGCUACCAGUUCAAUCCUAACCAAGUCUUCACCAUAACAUAUAACAAUUUAUGUUACGUGGACAUGCAUCUUCUCCUCAAGAGGAAGCACUACUAGUUGGUAUAGUUAACUCUAACAAGCUGAGUGAUCUCUGAAACAUACCCGUACAAUUAGUUACACACUUUCCUCACAAAAUAUACACUGUUAAGUUUCACAAAACCCUAACACAAAACGUAGGAGUUUCCUUCAACACAUUUUGAUAAAUAUACUCAUUAAUUUAUAUUUUGUUGUCUUGUCCUAAUAAAAUGUGAUAUGUAAAUACUGUAACUUUUGCUGGAAAGCCAUUGGAGCUAAUGAGAUGCCAGAAGGAAGACUUAAAGUUAAAAUGUAAAUGGCCAAUAAGCAUACAAUGGCCUCAUUCCAGAAAACAAACGGUGGUCAGUCAGGAAUUUGUCUGAGAACAUGUCGACGCAUCAAUGAUCACCUCAUUUUUUAUACAAAUAAAACUUUCUAUUUUCAAUGUUCACCCAUGCUGCCACUUCACUUUGAGUACUAUUACAGCAUGUUUUGUUCUCUUAAGUCCUGCUAUUAUCAGCCUCUCAGCAGACAAAAGACAUUAGAGAUCUGCUAUUUGUCCACUAAUCUGGUAAAUGGUUCAGGUCUUAAUAUUUCUGGCCUUUUUCUUUGUAAUUUAUUGAGUCUGUGGAGAGUAGUCAUUGUUUCUAGGCUUUCUUCCCCAUCAGCAAAUCGACAAUGCCUUGUAAAGCUUUUAUCCAUCUAAAGGCCUCAGUAUACUUCAAAGAAAGUAGGUUGUACUAGAAAAGUGUUUAUGGCUGUUAGCAAUGGCGACACCUGAAGGCGGGGCCAAAAAGCCUACCCUCAUAGCAUCUCUUUUCAAUGAAUCUGUCUCGUGUUUUUGUAGUUGGGAUGUCAUGACUCACAUGAAUAGCGAUACGUUUACGUCCCUCCUGGUCUCACCAUCAGAAAAGGGCUUUCAUACGAUUAAAAAAGAAAUUUCUUUAAAGCAUACCGAGGCUUUUAAGUUCAGUUGAAUUGUAAAUCCAUGAAAUAUUUUGUGUACCGACACACAUUUUUUUAUCCCUCAAGUUGCUAGGGUUAUGGCAAUCUUAAUAAAUUGGCCUGGUCAGUUUCAAUCAAUUUGUGCUGCCAUUUUGAGUUUUGUCAUUUUUUAAUUCUAGUACACAAUACUGCUGUUCUCCUUUUCCAGCAGUUGACUCACUCUUCAUCACAUGUGAAAGAAAGCAUCUUUUGGAUGCUUUUAUUAUCAGCCUUUUAACAUUCCAAACAAUUUUAAAUGAAUCUGGCAGAAACUGUCUGUUUUGUUUAUGUGUGUUUCUUUGCCUUGUUAAUAAUCCAAAUAGUUCACUGUCAUCUAUAAGUCCUUAAUGCACAUGCUACCAUAAUUCCCUCUUAACACCAAACUUCCCAGGUCUUCGUCUUGAAGUCCUUCACUUUUUUGCCACAGACUUCUGCAGAUUGUGAUGAAUCCAACAGAUGUGAUUUGAUUAAUUUCAGUGAUUGUCUUUUUACACAAUAUAAACACACAAAACUAAGCUCAUUCAACCCAAGGUUUAGGUGUUUUUGGGAGAACUGUGGUGAAUUAUUAGUUCUCAGAUGCACUUCUGCUGACCCUCCAGAUUUUGCAUGUGAAGAUUGGAAUUACACUUUCCAUAACUGAUGGUUUUGUUUGACUGAGCAACCCUUAGGCCAACAUGGUUUUGGGUCAACCUUGAAUUAAAGUUAUUUUUUUUAAAUUGAUGCAUUUAAACUCUAAAGUGGUAUUACUUUUUAAGAAUAAUUAAGAAUUUAUUUAGCCAAUUUAAUUUAAUUUUUCAUCGAAAAUAUCGGACAGCAUAAAAUAUUCUGUAUUUUGAAAUAGCUAUUCAGCUGUUAUUCCAUUUUUUAUUGUGCCGUGUAAUAUUAAAUCUCAACUUAUUUGCAAUCUGAUUAGACUUAAUGGCUUUGUUAAAAGAUGAAGUCUUUAACAACAGUUCACUGGGGUUUGAUUGUUGUGUCUUUUAGACUCCUUUUAGCUAUGUUAGUCGUGUUUAUCUUUCCAUUUUUAGAGGCCGUGGUGCUCCCCUUUCUGCUUAGAGCCACAGAAAUAUUGGGGUUUGGUUAUAAUUAGGCACAGAGACGACAUGGUAGUUGGGUUAAACACAUACUUGGUAGGGAAUGCAAAACAAAUAUACUCUCACUAGUAUAACGACCUCCUCACAUCCAGGUUUCGCAAACUGUUCAAUAUCAAUAAUCAAAGCUACUGUUGCAGUGAAAUCAUCAUUUCUAUGUUCAAUGUAUGUACUCAAAAGGUAAAUGUUAUAUUCAGCAUUUAAACAAUUUGUUUCGCUGUUUUUUCUAGGGAAAAGGGGAUGGUCAAAACCUGAUACCCGAAGUUCUUUGUAAAACUGCUUUAUAAAGCAUAUAUACAGGAUGUAUUGACCAUUAUCAAAAUCAUCGCAACUUAUAACAUUGGGCUCCCCUGUCGGAGAGGGUACCAUUUAUACGUGUUAGGCUACCAUAGAGCUAACAGGGGCACACAUCACCAGCAUGUACAAGUGAGAAAUUCUAAAAACAGUGUAUUUUAUUAUGAGGAAAAGAAGAAAAGAAAAAAAGGCUUCAACAUCUCGGUUACAGACCCCAGUAGUGCCACCCAAUCCCAUUAAUCAGGGAAAAUAUCUUCAGCCAUGAAGUCUCAGAGGUGUUUUCACAUUUCGACAGUGCUGGAUGCAUAUGCUUACUUCUGUAUAUUGGACAAUGGUACAAUAUGUUCAGUUAAUACACUGGAUUUCCUAUACAUCAUUUUUCUUCACUGGAUGUGUAUGCAUUGUGUGCUUGAGGGAAGCUCAAAUAAGUGCCAACUUUCAUGACUGCUAAACUUCCAUUUUGUUAAUUGGCUCAUGAAUAUUUACAAAAAAGAGCAACAUUUCUAGAGUUUUUAUUUGCAACACAAGCUUAAGUUGAAAAGUUGGGUUAAAUGUUAUUUUUUUGUACCCCCGUAGUACACAAACCAAAAGCCAAAGGUAAUCUAACCAUUGGUUAAAUUCAACGCUGAAUUGAAUUAGAGAUUUUUGGGGGUUGGCUUAUAGCCCUUGGUUUUAAAAAUGUAAUCAUUGUAUACGUUGUAUACAAGUGUAACACAUUGUGCUGCAGACCCUAUAGGUAUUAUAGGGUCAAGUGUUAUAUUAAUAUAUGUUUUAUUACUUACUGUACAAACCAUUGAGUUAGUGGUUAAAGCAGCAUGCACUUUAGUUGUCUUUGGCAAUAAUUAAUAUAGCUCACCAUUUCCUGUAAAGUAGCAUUGAGUUCAGUGAAAAACCCAUGUUUUUGUUGCAAAUGUUGAUGUCCAGAAACAAUCAUCCAGUGCCAUGUGAGAUAAGCCUCAUGACAGAUAUUCUCUGUUGGUUUGAAAAUAUUUCACCAAAGCUGAACCAUUUGACAAAGGACAUGUAGAGCAGUUUGUACAUCAGUAUAACAUUGAAAAUAAGACUAUAUUUUAACAACUGUAAGAAUUUCAGAUUAAGAGUAUGAAAUGGCUGUGUUCUGAGCGAGAAAUGCGUGUUUGGGUUAGGGUUAGCCAAGAGAUAAAGAAAAAAAGUACAUUUUAAAAGAAAGUACAUUUAGCAUUCUAGUUUUUAAGUACUUCCAUUUAGUGAGACUUACAUUUCAGAUGGCAAAUUGUCCUUUUUUUCUCUACUACAUUUACCUGACAGCUGUAGUAAAAAGUUACUUUAUAGACUAACAUUGUUACUUGCAAAAUAUUAAGAAGAUGCACUGCUAGAGAUUAAACUAGCUAGUGUGAUGAUAGUAAUGUUUAGGCUUUUAAUAUGCACCCGGUGAUGCAAAACUUUAUCUCUGUACAUUUAAUCUUUCUCUGUGCUUUAUUUGUAGUGAUUGCUUUAUCAUGGCUUGAUUGGUAAUGCCUUGGAACUCCAAAAGGGGGACCAUGAACAAACCUUCCUCAUUUGUUGUAUUUUAAGUAAAGACAAGUGAAGAGUC